AAAACCAACCGAAGAUAGUUUGAUGCUGGUCAGAGUUUAGUGUUGUUGUAAAGUUAUACACAACCUAAAGCUCCAUAAAUACGACUAACAGUGGCUUCGUAUCGUGAAACAUGUCGUUUAUGAGAGCUGGGCGUCCACAACAACACAGCAAAGGAAAAAGGCCUGUUCGCCCCCCCAAGAAGGCAGCACCUCCGAAAAGAGACUGGGUGAGCACUGUCAAUGACCUGUCUGUGCACAAGCUAUCUCCUGCAGAGCUGAGCCAUCGCCAUGAGAUCCACAAGUCCCACAACAAGGUCGCGGCUCAGUGGGAUCUGAGAGAGAAAGCCCUACAGCGGCGUCUCAGACACGUGGGGAGCCCGGCACCGCUCGACAACGCCAGCCUCAACAUCAUCAGGGAGGUGUUCUCAGACCAGCUGCUGCUCCAGGAUGUUCUGGCUCGCUCCGACAGAGCCAUGGCUGUGGUCAAAGACUUGUUUGGAGAUGCUCCACGCAGGCAGACUGGUCAUCCCAGUGUGACGAUGGCUCCAAACUGCGGAUCUGACUCAGGACUUCCUGUACUUCAAAGACCAGAUCCUCCGACCCAGCUGUCCCUGCUCAGCCAGUCUAUGAUGGACCAACAGGCUCUUAAUGAAUUUGAAGCUUCAGAGGAAGACUACAGCGAUGAAGAAACAGGUCCCACUGCCAGAUCAGAGUAUCAUGUGAUCAGAAGGUCCAAUGUACGUAAAAUGAAGGCGGAGUCUCGGGGUAAAGGGAAACAGCGACAAAAAGCCCAUCGUCCCAACUCGGAGCAGGCAGACCAGGAUAAUGCUCCUGUGACCCCCUGCACUUCAGACAGAGCUCCAGGACAUGCAGCUCUCAACGCCACGGUGGCUGUUCAGCGUUUCCGGUCCAGACGGAGCCAAUCGGAGGAAGCCAGGGAGGAACCGUCAGUGCUGGUGUCUCAAGUCCUGAACCCUGAGCAUCUAAACCAGUCAGGCAUGACCAACAGUCGCCCCAGCAGGAACAGGAAGUGUGUCCCUCAGAGUUCACAGCUGGAUGGUUCCUCUGUGGCCUCCCUCAGUGGGGACCAGUCCAGCCUGGGUCUGCUGCAGGCCAUGCUGGGUCAGGUGGAGGCGGACCUGGACACUCUGAGUCCUGACACUGCACCCCCUGCAGCACAGAGUCAGAAACCCCACAGAGCACAAGGCCUCACUGGGUUCUCCGUCGCCUUGGUCACUACUCUGGGACGUUUGGUGCACCUCCUCAAACAGAGGGAAGAGGAAGCUGAGGAAGAUGCUCUGGAGAGGAGGAGACUGGAGGAGGAGCUGAGAGAGCAGCGGGGGCUGAUCGAUGCUCUCACUGCGGAGACGAUGGCUCUGAGAGAGGAGGCCGCCCUGCAGGCCGGGCUGCAGCAGCGCACAGAGGAACUGGAGCAGAAGCUGGACACAGUGGUGUUGCUGAUGGGGGGACUGGGACUCCUGGAGGCUCCCAUUGCCCCCCCGCAGGACUCUCAUGUUAUAGGUCCGUCUUUGACAGCUUGUCAGUCUGCACUAGUCGCUGAACGAGAUCCUCAACAACCAUCAACCUCGGUUUAUCCAGCUGCCCUGCUCUCCCCCUCUCGACAGAGAGGCGAGUGGCGACACAUUCCUGCGCCCCUUCCCAUUCCUAUGCACCGGGAUCUUCCUCCUGUAGAUAUCCUACGUGCCCGAGAGGACGCCCCCUCCCACAGCUCCUCCUCCAGCCUCACCAGCCUUCCUCUCGCCAGCCUAUCUUCUUCUUCCUCACUAUCGCUGACCUCAGAGCUCUCACCUGAAGCCAUGCUGGCAGAGAUCACUCAGCUCAGCAGGCAGAACGACCGGAUCAAGGCCCAGCUCAGCCAGGCUAAAGGGUCGGGGUCAGGGUCCAGAGAGUCUCCUAACGGCAGCAUCGAGCCGAGGAGGCGGGGCUCCAGCAGCACGGGGAGGGUCACAGCUCAAAGUGUUGGAGAGAGGAGGACGUCAGGGUCCAGCAGCACAGGGAGGAGGAGCCAAACUGUCCAGGCAGCUGAUGGAGAGCAACUGACCAAUCAGGCAGCAUCACCCCCCCUGCCUGUGAGCAGAGUGGAGCAGCGCCUCCUGGAGCUGAACAGACAGAGCGCAGCAGCGAGGGGCCGCCUGCUGGAGCUCAUCGACAAACAGAAGCAGAGCGUCUCAGCCAGAGUCUCUCCCUCCGACUCCCCCGUCCCGCCUUCAGCCUUCAGCCCACAGUCAGCCGAUGGAGGGGGGAGUCCAGAGGGCUCCAUGCUGCUACAGAGAGGAGGUGUAGAGAGACGAUCUGCUGGUUCUGAAUUGUCUUCUCAUAGUCUUGGCGUUGAAACAAAAGAGAGUAAAACACAGAUGGAGAAACGCAGAGAGAGGGAAGGCUGGUUUUCGUUGUCCGCUCAUGUGACAUGACGAGAAGAAGAGUAUUUAUUGAAGCUGAUUUUAAACCUGUUUUUUAUGAUGUUAUCUAUGCAUUAAAUAUGUUUUUUAAUUAC